AUGGCGGAGUGCUGGAAAGAUCUGAUCGAACGAGACGAGGGGAAGGCAGUUGCAGUCAAGGAAGCAUGCAGGCUUGUCAUGAUGGCAGUGACCCAGGCCGUGUUCGACGACUGCUCGCAUGAGAUCCUGUCAGAGCAUCAAGCACCUGCAGCAGACAGGAGCAAGAGAGAAACUGCCGCUCGUCAUGAGUCGAACCAUGCAGAGCCAAGGCGGCAUGCCCGUAGCCCAACAAAGGAUGAUAAUCAUCGAGAGGACAAAGUUGAAGCUGCUCCACUGCGCUCUACUGCCUCCGAGGACAGACAAGAUCACCAUAGGGAGGUACCUGACUCGUCCGCUUCCAAAGGGACCAACAGAAACAGCAGAGAGGACGAGGUUGAGGGGGCUGCCGUUGGAACCCUCCUCUGCCGGAUUUUCGUACCCUUGAUGAUGGUGUGCCGUCGUCGCGUCGGGGAGCACAAGAGAAAGAGGCUUCACCGAGUCGAGGCAGGAAGCCGCAGAGGUCGAGGAGCAGAAGCAGGGGUCACUAUAGGUCAUCCCGAGGGAGGAGCAACGAGAGAAGCAAAGGCUACCGGCGAUCCUCGAGAGAGAGGAGCAGGAGCAGGGGAUAUCGGCGAUCCUCGAGGGAGAGAAGCAGGAGCAGGGGAUAUCGGCGAUCCUCGAGGGAGAGGAGCAGGAGCAGGGGAUAUCGGCGAUCCUCGAGGGAGAGAAGCAGGAGCAGGGGAAGGGAUCGCAGGCAGUUCUGGAGAGAUAGGUCGAGGAGCAGGAGCAGGGGAUACCGUAGGGCGCCACGAGACAGGAGCAGGAGCAGGAGCAGGAGCAGGAGCAGGAGCAGGGGAUAUCGACGAUCCUCGAGGGAGAGGAGCAGGAGCAGAGGAAGGGGCCAAUGAUGGUGGACAGAACUGUGAUCUGGGUGAAUAUCAGGAGGCCAUGAAUCCCGAGGCUGGACCUCCCGUACUACAGAUGUCCCAGUAA